AUGGCGUCCGCAGCAGCCGCGGCCGCCUACAAUCAGAACCGCCGAGUGCCGCCUACGAUGCAAAUCCAAAAGAUACUUGAUGAAAACGCACAACUGAUUUCAACUAUUCAAGAAUUUCAAAGUAAAGGAAAAGCUCAAGAUUGUGUUCAAUUUCAGCAAAUUCUUCACCGCAAUUUAGUCUACUUAGCAUCUGUGGCGGAUUCAAAUCAAAACAUUCAAUCUUUGCUUCCGCCACCAAGUAUAGCCUUGCAACAAGGUAUGCAAACUCAAGGGCAGCACAUGCACCAGAUACAACAGCAACAGCAACAACAUCAACAGCAUCAGCAGCAAUUACAGCAACAGCAACAACAACAGCAACAGCAGCAACAGCAACAGCAACAACAGCAGCAGCAACAGCAGCAACAGCAACCUCCUCCUCCAUCUGUUAUGAUGGGUGGACCUGAAGGUCAGAAUCCUCAGUCAAUACAACAGCAGCAACAACAACAGCCUCAACAACAAGGUCCACCUCAACAGGCCAUGAACCAAGUGUUUACACAAGGGCAAGGAGGACCAAUGCCUCCUAGUGGAUAUCGCCCUCAACAAUCUAUUGCUCCGAUGCGUCCACCUUCUCAACAAUACAGACCGUCCCCUCAGUAUCAAGGACAACAAGGCUAUCAAAAUUUUGCAACUACACAAAGCAGUGCUGUUGUUGGUUCUAGCCAAGCAGUUGGAGGUGGGGUGUACAACCAACCACCAAACCAACCUUAUCCAGGUCAAGGAUACGGUCAUCAACAACCAGUGCCCAGUUCAAACUACCCAAAUCCCAAUUAUGCCAACCCACCUACAAAUCAACAGUACCAACCAAAUGGUCCAUAUGGCAACCAACCUGGUGGUAAUUAUCCACAAAAUACUGUUUCUUCUCAGCCACAAAAUUUCCCGCCUAACUAUCCACCUGCUGGAUAUGUUCAACAACCAGUGAGUUCAAGCAGUGGUUAUGGUCCUGUAACAAAUCAACCAUCAGCAUACACUGGUUAUGGAAACGCGCCUCAGAAUACUUAUGCUUCUUCUCAGACCACUCAAUCAGCACCGUCGGCCUCCACACAAACAUACCCUCCUCCACCUAACCAAUCCGUUCCUAAUGCUGCUGUUGCUGUACAACAGACUGCUCCUGCACCACAACCUAAUUAUCCAACACCACAACAACCCAAUGCUCAAUCAUACCAAUCUCCUAAUAAUGGACCCAACCAACAGCCUGGACCACCUCAAAACUAUCCACCUCAGCAAGGAUAUCAACCUCCGCCACAAGGAUAUCCACAAGGUUAUCCAACUCCUGGUCAACCUGGUGGCUAUCAGCCAUAUCCACAGAGACCUUUGGCUCCUCCAUCAAAUCAGUCUCAAUAUCCGGGAUAUCCUUAUCAGCCAUCACCUGUUUAA